AUGGAUUCAAACGCAAUUUUCAGAGUCAAUGGCAUGGUAGCCGUGAUCACCGGCGGUGGAUCGGGCAUCGGUCUCACGAUGGCCAGAGCCCUAGUUUCUCAAGGUGCCGCCAAGGUCUACAUCCUUGGACGCCGUCUUGAGGUACUCGAGACCGCAGCCAAAGAGCAUCCAAACUUGAUCCCCCAUAAGUGCGAUGUCACUUCAAAGGAAGACCUCCAAUCCAUUGUCGACCGAAUCACCAAGGAAGUUGGUUACGUCAACCUCGUCAUUGCAAACUCGGGCAUCCUUGGACCUUCUGUACGCUUCAACCCUGCGCAUUCUGUAUCGGAACUGCGCAAGAUCCUCUUUGACGACUUCUCCAUGGCAGAGAUGACGGAAGUUUUGAACGUCAAUAUCACAGCUGCUUUCUUCACGAUGUCAGCCUUCCUCGAGCUCCUUGAUGCCGGUAAUAAGAACGCUCUCAAGGGCGGUUUCGGUAAGCCGGACCAGGAAGGCAGCGACGUUCUCGCCAUUCAGAGUCAAGUCAUCUUCACGAGCAGUAUUUCCGCUUUCAGUCGACAUUUCUCUUCGACGCCUCCUUACUUGGCUAGCAAGACUGCCAUCAUGCAGCUCACCAAGCAGGCCAGCAGCCAAUUGGCUAGACACGGCAUUCGUGUGAACGGGAUUGCCCCUGGGUUAUUCCCCUCGGAAAUUGCCGCUGGGCUGAUUGGUGAUCGCAAGCCAGAGAAUGAAUCGCCUGAUGAUCCAAAGUUCAUUCCUGCACGAAGAUUUGGCGGCGAUGAGGAGAUGACUGGAGCUAUUAUUUACCUCACCAGUCGUUCCGGAAGCUAUUCCAAUGGCUCAAUCAUAGUCAUGGAUGGCGGCCGGUUGAGUGCCAUGGCUAGUUCCUGCUAA